AUGGUACAAAAUGCCGCCAUACGAGCUACUUUAGCUUGUGAGAUCUCAAAUUUAAAUCCCAAAGAAAUCAUCCAUCAGCGACUACGACUGGAGCGUGGACACCCAGCGACGAUUCAUCGCUUGGAUUCCCCCUUAACACCAGAGCAUGAUACCUUUGGCAGGCUUCGAAGCAUGGGAUAUGCUCAUGGCAUCUAUGCAUACAUCACCGGAGAUGAUGGCCGAACUUCAAUCACACUAACAAACUUGAAAACCCACGAAAGCAUCCGCUUGACAACUGAGAACCGGGAACAGCUCACCGAGCUGCGAGUGUCUAAGCUGCUGAUCGCUGCCGUCUCCACGCGGGGUUAUUGCCACAUCUGGGAUCUACGUACCCAAGAACAUCGAGAGUUUCGACUAUCUUCUCUAAAUUUUACACAUUUCUUGAUUCACGGACAUAAGGUGGUUAUCGGUUACCGUGCCUAUUUGAUUCACUGGGGAUGGGAUUCAGGCAUCGCUCGUACCAUUCCAGUCAAAACUCGAGCCGUUCUGGUAGCUCUUCACCCGACAGAAGACCAGUUCACCAUCCUUCGCGUAGGUGAAGAAGUCUACUAUGGCAGUUCAACGGUUAUUGCAGGCAAGAACUGCCAGAUGUAUGCAGAGCAGUAUGUUCUCGACGACUCCAACCAAUUCCACUGCCAGGAAUCACAAGAUCAAAGAUUCCCCUUUGUCGACUCCGAGGAACUCUAUGAUGCCCACGAGGCACAGGAGAUCUAUGAAGGUCAAAGCAGUACCCUAAUAUCCAAAAAGGGCAACGAGCUUCAUGGUCACAGGAUGUCAUUGUAUUUCUCCCUGGAAGGCAACCAGGUCAUCACUCAUACUUUGCCCCCUCUGCUCCCAAUAACCAACGUGGUAUGCAUGGGACCAAACGUGACCUAUGCUGCUAUCAAGGACGUUGAUAUUAUGAUGAUUUUCAACACCACAUACAAGAAACCUCCAAAUCCUUCAUCCAAGAUUAUGAGGGAGUGUCAUCAUGCGGUUCUAGGAGACACGCCAGCCUACAAAUGCUGCUGGUUAUUUGGAGAUAGCGAAUUCCUAGUUAUGGCUAAUUUGCAGCAAGUAGAAAUCUGGCGCUUCUCCAAUCCUCACUGA